AUGAAAGAGAAGCAAAAGAAUCCGUAUGCUUUGGAGUUAGAGAAAACUGAAAGGGAGUUGAGAAGUAGUAGAAAGAGCUUAGAGGAUUAUUUUGAGCAGUCGAAAAUUUUGAUUACUAAAUCAAACGGUGGUGGUCCGCCUCAAUGGUUCUCUCCGUUGGAGGGCGGGUCCCGCUUGGAUAAUUCUCCUCUUCUUCUAUUUUUGCCUGGGAUUGAUGGUACUGGACUAGGACUUAGCACGCAGCACAAUUCUCUGGGGAAGAUUUUCAAUAUAUGGUGUUUGCAGAUUCCAGUUAAGGACAGAACAUCCUUUCUAGGCCUAGUGAAGUUUAUUGAAAAGACAGUAAGAUCGGAGAGUUACCAGUUUCCUAGUAGACCUAUAUAUCUUGUUGGAGAAUCUCUUGGAGCAUGUCUUGCCCUUGCUGUUGCUGCUUGUAACCCUGAUGUUGAUCUUGUACUCGUUUUGGCCAAUCCAGCAAAAUCUUUUGAAAAGUCAUGGCUGAUGCCUCUCAUACCUUUAUUGGAAGUCUUACCCAUCCAACACCAGCUUACCAUUCCUUAUAUGUUGAGCUUAAUGACAGGUGAUUCUUUGAGGAUGGCAAUGGACAAUGCAUUGAAGGGAUUUCCUCUAGAACAAACAAUUGGAGGAUUAUCACAAGAUUUGGUUGCAAGGUCGUCUUACCUCAAUGUUCUGGCUAAUAUCUUGCCUAGAGAAACAUUUCUUUGGAAGCUACAGAUGCUUAAAACAGCUUCAGCAUAUGCCAAUUCACGCCUCCAUGCAGUAAAAUGUCAAACGCUCGUACUUUCUAGUGGAAAGGAUCAGUUGCUUCCAAGUGAAGAAGAAGGUCAUAGGCUUUAUCUUGAACUGCUAAAAUGUGAGAAUCGCAAGUUUAACGACAGUGGUCAUUUCCUCUUCUUGGAACAUGAUUUUGAUUUGGUAUCAGUCAUCAAGGGAGCUCGUUUCUAUCGUCGUGGAAAGUACCUUGACUACAUAUCAGAUUACAUACCACCAACCCCUCCGGAAUUCAAAAAAUUAUAUGAAUCAAACAGAUUGUUUAUGCUUGCCACAAGUCCUGUGAUGCUCUCAUCUUUUGAAGAUGGGAAGAUUGUGAGGGGGCUUGCUGGAGUUCCUUCGGAAGGACCGGUAUUGUUUGUUGGUUAUCACAUGCUGUUGGGACAUGAUGUGGUCCCAUUGAUAUCCAAUUUUUUGUUGGAAAGAAAUAUUCUUAUAAGAGGGUUAGCACAUCCAAUGUUGUUCAUAAGAAAGAAGAAAGAUGGGAUGUUGCCUCCAUUAUCACAAUUUGAUGCAGUCAGAACUAUGGGUGCUGUUCCUGUUUCAGGAAGCAAUUUCUUCAAACUUAUGUCUUCAAAGGCUCAUGCGCUAUUAUACCCAGGAGGCAUGCGGGAGGCCUGUCAUCGAAAGGGUGAACUAUACAAGUUAUUCUGGCCAGAACAGUCAGAGUUUGUCAGAAUGGCAGCUAGGUUUGGAGCCAAAAUUGUGCCAUUUGGUGUCGUUGGAGCCGAUGAUUUUGGAGAAUUGGUUUUUGAUUAUGAUGAUCAAAUGAAGAUUCCCUUCCUUAGGGAUUACAUAAAAAAAGUAUCAGAAGAGGUUGUGAGUUUGAGGACUGAAGCGAAUGGUGAGGUGGGAAAACAAGAACCCCACUUUUUAGGUACUAUACCAAAAUUUCCUGGCAGGUUCUAUUACUAUUUUGGGAAACCAAUUGAAACAGAAGGGAGGAAGCAAGAAUUAAGAGACCGGGGGAAAGCUCAUGAAUUAUACUUACAAGUCAAAUCUGAGGUGGAGAACUGCAUUGCUUUUCUGAAGGAGAGAAGAGAAAGUGAUCCUUACAGGAAUAUAUUGACCCGAAUAGCUUACCAGGCCGCUCAUGGCUUUGAUGCUGAAGUGCCAAAAUUUGAUCUUUAA